AUGAAACAAAAGUACAACGGCAACAAAGCUGAUGAAAAGAAAAUACGUUUGAGCCAAGAAUACGGGGGCUCACCUUCAAGCUUUUCUUCCCCAGCUAGGAAUGGCGCAGCAUCCUCCACACCAGCACACAGAUCAUCGCAAACUACGAAUCAACGACAAUUCAAAGACCCUCCAAGUAUAUCGGACUACACAUUUCUGGAGAAGAUUGGUCAAGGUAGUUUCGGUGCGGUUUAUAAAGCGAGAGAUAACAAAAGCAAUGGCUUAGUUGCCUUAAAAAGAAUUUUAGUGGACGACGAAAAGGAAGGGGUACCCAUCAUGGUUAUCCGUGAAAUUAAAAUUCUUAAACAAUUGGACCAUAAAAAUAUUGUUCCAUUACGUGACGUUGUGGUUGAAAGAGAUUUAGUAUAUAACCCAAACGUAGGAUUAACCCCACUACAAAUUAAGGCAUAUAUAAAGCAACUAUUGGAAGGGACCGCAUAUCUACAUCAUAAUUACAUCCUUCAUCGCGACAUAAAAGCUGCCAAUCUCUUAAUCAGCAAUGAUGGUGUUUUACAAAUUGCAGAUUUCGGUCUUGCACGUGGUAUGGAAGAUGACAAUAGGGAAUAUACCAAUUCUGUUGUUACUAGAUGGUAUAGGCCACCAGAGUUAAUUCUUGGUGAAAGGCGAUACACUAGUGCAAUUGACAUGUGGGGCGUUGGAUGUGUGUUCGGCGAGCUUAUCAAAUCAAUGCCUAUUUUACGAGGCCAUGACGACUUUGAUCAAUUGAAAAAAAUAUUUAGCUUAUGUGGCUCACCCAAUCAGAACAACAUGCCCAACUGGGAUAAGUUACCAAAUGCUAAGAGCGUCAAGUUCGAAUCAAGCGCACGACAUGUUCGAGAUGAUUACAUCAGCUUUGAUCCUGUUGCUGCCGAUCUGAUUGACAAGUUGCUGGUUUUGGACCCCAAAAAACGAUUAACAGCUACAGAAGCUCUUGAUCACGAUUAUUUCUAUUCUUAA